CCCAGAGACUCCUCCCAGGCCACAGAGAUGCUGCCUUGUGACACUUUGGAAAGUGAAGAGGGGGCAGAUUCAGAAGAGAGGGAAGACGGUUCCAUAGAAGGUCCAGGAGAACCCAUCACCCUGGCUUUUGUGAGAGAGAACACUGGGGCACAGAAGGGGCUUCAGAAUGCCCAUCAGCAAGGCAAGAAGAAGAGGAAGAAAAAGAGAUGAUUGGUGAUCAAUCUAACCAACUGCCGAUACGAGAGUGUGCGUAGGGCUGCCCAACAGUAUGGCCUUCGAGAGGGAGGGGAAAGCGAUGACUGGACUCUCUACUGGACUGACUAUUCAGUGUCACUGGAGCGGGUGAUGGAAAUGAAAAGUUACCAGAAAAUCAACCACUUCCCAGGGAUGAGUGAAAUCUGCCGCAAAGACUUGCUGGCUAGGAAUAUGAGCCGAAUGUUAAAGAUGUUCCCUAAAGAUUUCCACUUUUUCCCUAGGACCUGGUGUCUUCCUGCUGACUGGGGAGAUUUGCAGAACUAUAGCAGGUCAAGAAAAAAUAAGACAUACAUUUGUAAGCCGGAUUCAGGCUGCCAAGGGAGAGGUAUAUUCAUCACACGGAAGGUGAGAGAAAUCAAGCCAGGGGAGGAUAUGAUCUGUCAGCUCUAUAUUUCAAAGCCCUUUAUCAUUGAUGGAUUCAAGUUUGACUUACGGAUUUAUGUGCUAAUGACAUCCUGUGACCCUCUCAGGAUUUUUGUGUACAAGGAAGGACUGGCCCGCUUUGCCACGACAUCUUACUCCUACCCUUGCUCAGACAACUUGGAUGACAUCUGCAUGCACCUGACUAAUUACUCCAUUAAUAAACACAGUUCAAAUUUCAUUCAAGAUUCUCACUCUGGCAGCAAGAGGAAACUUUCCACCUUCAACAUUCACAUGGAGACCCAUGGCUACAAUGUGGAACAGAUAUGGAGAGAUAUCGAGGAUGUCAUCAUCAAGACAAUCAUCUCGGCGCAUGCGACCAUCAAGCACAACUACCACACUUGCUUUCCCAACCACACACUCAACAGUGCCUGCUUUGAAAUCCUGGGCUUCGAUAUUUUGUUGGACCGAAAGCUCAAACCCUGGCUGCUGGAGGUCAACCAUUCUCCAAGCUUCUCCACCGACUCCUGGUUGGAUAAAGAGGUGAAGGACUGUUUGCUGUAUGACACCUUGGUUCUGAUCAACCUGGGAACCUGUGACAAAAAGCAAGUCUUGGAGGAGGAGAGACAGCGGGGACGGUUCCUGCAGCAAUGUCGUUCUCGGGAGACCAGGCUUGAAGAAGUCAAGGGUUUCCAGGCUGUGUGGUUACAGAGAACUGAGAAAUAUGAGAAGGAAAACCAUGGAGGAUUCCGGCUGGUUUAUCCCAGUCUGAAUUCAGAAAAGUAUGAGAAGUUCUUCCAGGACAACAACUCCAUCUUCCAGAAUACUGUUGCUUCCAGAGCUCGAGAGCUGUAUACCCGGCAGCUGAUCCAGCAGCUGAGGCUAAAACAAGAGAAAAGAGCCUUCCGAACAAAAGAGAAGAAAACAGAGAUGCAGGGGGAGUCAACAGGAGAGCAAGCACGGAGCAAGCACGUGGGGAACUUGCAGCAGAAACCACAUCAGCAGCCUGAGGCCACCACUCAUGCCUCCAAACAACACCCCCUGCCAUUGACAGCAGUGUCUUGCACACCUGACUCACUUUUGAAUGUCAGCGAAGUAAAGAAAAAUGAGACAGACUGCAAUCUUGGCCAGGAGGCCCCAAAGACAGAGGCUGGUCCUGCUCUCCCCCGGCGUUCAUCUGCAAGGCAGUACAGGUCUGUACCCGACCUAAGGACUUCAUGCCUCAGUGGCUCUAGGCUGGAGUUCAGUAAAGCCAACUCCAGGAUGCAGGGGACCAAGUCCGCCUCUGUAAUGAACAUAUUCACUGGCACUGUGGUGAGUACAGCACCCUUAACAUCUUCAUUAUCUACCACCCAGGUUUCAACCUCCCCCAAGGUUCUGCCAAGUCUAACUCUGAGAGCCAGUUCUGAGUACAGCAGCCCGGAGAUGAACAGAAUGGUUUUCUUUCAGUACAAGCAGCAGCAGUUACCCCAGCACUUCAUCCAGAAGAAAAUAUUGAAACCUCCUGUGCCUACAAAAUCCCAGAGUUUCUGGGGGCAUAUGAACUCAAACUGGACUUUGAUAAAGAAUGACACAAAGAAGCAGCAUCUAAUGUCACAUCUCUUCACCAAGCUUCAGCUGAGGGGGAACCUCUCCUGGUUCCCAGCUCAUUAUAAACCAAAGUUGGUGUUGAAUAACCAGUCACAAAUCCCCUCCCUGCCCCGGGAGUCCUCCCACAGCCGAAGCUCUGGAGAGAAGAGACAGCUGGGUGUGUCUUCCCUCCUCCUCUUGCAGAGUGCUCCCAGCCAGGACGUUCCUCUGAAAGACCUGCUGGUGAUUGCCACUCCAGCCCGACUGGAUCCAAGCAGAAGCCAUACAGGGUCCAUGAGAGACUCAUGUCUAUUGGUUCAGGAAGUGUAUGCCCUAGUGUCUGGCCAAAACGAACAUGAGAGGAUCUAG